GAGCUGAGCCGAGCCCAGCCGAGCCGUGCCGAGCCGUGCCGAGCCCAGCCGAACCGGGCCGAGGCGGGCCGAGCGCUCCCGCCAUGAUCGCAUCCCAUCUCCUCGCUUAUUUCUUCACCGAGCUCAACCAUGACCAGGCACAGAAGAUCGACAAGUACCUGUACCACAUGCGGCUCUCCGAUGAGACCCUCCUGGAGGUGUCCCAGCGUUUUGAGAAGGAGAUGGAGAAGGGGCUGGGAGCAGACACCAACCCCACCGCCUCCGUGAAGAUGCUGCCCACCUUCGUCAGGUCCACCCCGGAUGGGACAGAGGACGGGGAUUUCCUAGCGCUGGACCUUGGUGGCACCAACUUCCGUGUGCUGCGGGUGAAGGUGUCGGACAAUGGGCUGCAGAAGGUGGAGAUGGAGAACCAGAUCUACGCCAUCCCCGAGGAGCUCAUGCGUGGCAGCGGGGUGCAGCUCUUUGACCACAUUGCCGAGUGUUUGGCCAACUUCCUGGACAAGCUGCAAAUCAAAGACAAGAAACUGCCCCUUGGCUUCACCUUCUCCUUCCCGUGUCACCAGACCAAGCUGGACGAGAGCAUCCUGGUGACGUGGACGAAGGGCUUCAAGUGCAGCAGCGUGGAGGGCAGGGAUGUGGUGUCCCUGCUGCGCAAAUCCAUCAAGAAAAGAGGGGACUUUGACAUUGACAUUGUGGCCGUGGUGAACGACACCGUGGGAACCAUGAUGACCUGUGGCUAUGAUGACCACAACUGUGAAGUUGGCCUUAUUGUCGGUACCGGUACCAACGCCUGCUACAUGGAGGAGAUGAGGCACAUUGACCUGGUGGAGGGGGACGAAGGUCGGAUGUGCAUCAACAUGGAGUGGGGGGCCUUUGGUGACGAUGGGGUGCUCAACGACAUCCGCACCGAGUUCGACCGUGAGAUCGACAUGGGCUCGCUCAACCCUGGCAAACAAUUGUUUGAGAAGAUGAUCAGCGGGAUGUACAUGGGGGAGCUGGUCAGGCUCAUCCUGGUGAAGAUGGCCAAGGAAGGGCUGCUGUUCGGGGGCAGGCUCACGCCGGAUCUGCUCACCACUGGCCACUUUGAGACGAGAUUCGUCUCUGCCAUCGAGAAGGAGAAGGAAGGGCUGCAGAAAGCCCACGAGAUCCUGAGCAAGCUGGGCCUGGAGCCAUCACACGAGGACUGCCUGGCCACGCUGCGCAUCUGCCAGAUCGUGUCCACGCGCUCGGCCAGCCUGUGCGGGGCCACGCUGGCCGCGGUGCUGCGCCGCAUCAAGGACAACAAGGGCGUGGAGCGGCUGCGCUCCACCGUGGGCGUGGAUGGCUCUGUCUACAAAAAACACCCCCACUUUGCCCGUCGCCUCCACAAGACCGUGCGGAAGCUGCUGCCGGACUGUGAGAUCCGCUUCAUCCGCUCGGAGGACGGGAGCGGCAAAGGGGCAGCCAUGGUGACAGCGGUGGCCUACAGGCUGGAUGCACAGCACAAGGCACGGCAGAAGAUCCUGGAGCCCCUCAAGCUGAGCCACGAGCAGCUGCUGGAGGUGAAGGAAAGGAUGAGGAUAGAGAUGGAGAAAGGGCUGGGCAAGGAGACGCACGCAGAGGCGACGGUGAAAAUGCUGCCCACCUACGUGUGCUCCACUCCUGAUGGAACAGAAAAGGGAGAUUUCCUCGCCCUGGACCUGGGAGGAACCAACUUCCGCGUGCUGCUGGUGCGCGUCAGGAACGGGAUGCGGCGCGGGGUGGAGAUGCACAACAAGAUCUACUCCAUCCCCGUGGAGAUCAUGCAGGGGACGGGAGAGGAGCUCUUUGACCACAUUGUCCACUGCAUCUCCGACUUCCUGGAAUACAUGGGAAUGAAGGGCGUAUCGCUCCCGCUCGGAUUCACCUUCUCCUUCCCCUGCCAGCAGAACAACCUGGAUGAGGGAAUUCUCCUGAAGUGGACAAAAGGCUUCAAGGCGACAGGCUGUGAGGGAGAGGAUGUGGUGGGCCUGCUGAAGGAGGCCAUUCACAGGAGAGAGGAAUUUGACCUGGACGUGGUGGCAGUGGUCAAUGACACCGUUGGCACCAUGAUGACCUGUGGGUACGAGGAUCCCUACUGUGAAGUUGGGCUGAUUGUUGGCACGGGCAGCAAUGCCUGCUACAUGGAGGAGAUGAGGAAUGUGGAGCUGGUGGAAGGGGACGAGGGCAGGAUGUGUGUCAACAUGGAGUGGGGGGCCUUCGGGGACAGCGGCUGCCUGGAUGACAUUCGGACGGAGUUUGACCUGGCGGUGGAUGAGCUGUCCCUCAACCCUGGGAAGCAGAGGUAUGAGAAGAUGAUCAGUGGGAUGUACCUGGGGGAAAUCGUCCGCAACAUCCUGAUGGACUUCACCAAGAAAGGGCUGCUCUUCCGGGGACGGAUCUCAGAGAGGCUGAAGACCAGAGGAAUCUUUGAGACCAAAUUCCUGUCUCAGAUAGAGAGCGACUGCCUGGCCCUGCUCCAGGUGCGCUCCAUCCUGCAGCACCUGGGCCUGGAGUCCACGUGUGACGACAGCAUCAUCGUGAAGGAGGUGUGCACGGUGGUGGCGCGGCGCGCGGCCCAGCUCUGCGGGGCCGGCAUGGCCGCUGUGGUGGACAAGAUCCGCGAGAACCGUGGCCUGGACUUCCUCAAAAUCACCGUCGGCGUGGACGGGACGCUCUACAAGCUGCACCCUCACUUCUCCAACGUCUUGCAGGAGACAGUGAAGCAGUUGUCCCCCAAGUGCGAAGUGACCUUCCUGCAGUCGGAGGACGGCAGUGGCAAAGGCGCCGCGCUCAUCACGGCCGUGGCCUGCCGCAUCCGCGAGGCCGGGCAGCGGUAGAGGGAAGCAGGUUUGCCCAAGAGCUUGGUUUCAGCAAAACAGGACAUUUCCUCACCCAAUCCCUCCCUCUCUCUGCACACACUCACACACCCAUGCAGCCCCUCCCCUCCAAGCAGACUCGUAGCUUUACUUGUUCUCCGAGGCACCACGGUGGGACUGGAGACGCCGUGGGCUCUGUACAAAGUGAUGUCGUAGGAGUUUCCUUGCAUGCCAUAAAACCGCCUGUCGAGUAAGGCUCACAGUGUCUUUUGGCUUCUCCCUGCAUUCCCAGGUGGAGCUGGAGCUGUCCCACCCGCAGCCUCCGUCACAUCCCAGCUCUCCUCGCACCUCUCCACACCACUGGUCCUCCCCUAACGGCAGUAGUGAUAACACUCAGAUAAUUAAGACACUGCAUUGUCACUUUAACGGUACCUAUUUAUGUAUGUCCGAGUCGUAGCUGUAGAAGCAAACCUCUAAGAUUGGGCUAAAGACCUCCACUAGUCUUUUACCCUGAUCAAGGCUGUAUUAUUUCCAUGAAAGUCAUGGUAACUCUUAAAGCACAGGGUGCAGAAUUCCACCGGCGUGGCCGCGGCUGCACUGGAGAUACCGCGUAUCUCCCUUGGUGAGCAAUAACGAGAACCUGCUGGGGCCAGGCUCCAGCAGAGCACGUGCCUGGAAAUAAUUGGGGACUCAGGGUCUAAUCCCAUUUCCUGACCUCUCACCUGCACUCUGAGUAGCGUGUAGGAACGUGGCGUGUGCGUAGGGUCGUGUUUCACCCCUGGACACCACUACCCCUUCCCUGGUGCAUGUGUGGGCACGAGGAGCCGCUGCCACGGGUCGCUGUCUCCCCUGCCGAGCCUCAAACUCGAGGCUGUGCGUCUGCCCUUGGCGUGGAGAGUCUGGUUUGCUUUGUGUCUGUGAAAUAGUUCUGCAGCUGCAGCCUUUAGGUGGCACCUGGAUUUAUACACUGUAUAUUUAUGUUUUAAGAGAUCUUAUGUCUUUUUAUGUACAUAGUCUCGGGGGGGUUGUAUCACUUAGUUUUAAUGUCACCUUUCCAUGUUGUUGAAGAACAGUACAGAGUAAUUAUUUUCUUUUUCUUUUUCUUCUGUCAUGUAAUUUUUUUUUAAUUUAAAAUUUUCUUGGGGUAGACUGGAAAAAGAGACCCAAACACCUGAGGACGGUUGUACAAGAGGUUUGGGCAUUCUGACUUUAUCACCAGGACAAAAGGGAAAGCAGAAAGCCAGGGUGCAGGAGCAGCGGGGCCCUGCAGUGAUGCUGUUGGCUUCAGGCUGGGUUUAACCUUAGGAGAAGUUUUAUUUUGUCCCCUGCCCUCCCCAGCUGUGCUCUGCAAGGUCACACCACGGGUGGAUGACAUAACCCAGGGCCCUGCAGGGCUCUUGACCUCAGGCUGAGCUCCUCUCGGGGAGGUGACAGCAGCUGGUGUCACUCCAUCCCCACGUGGCAUCCCCAGGGACCCCUGUGCCCGCAGCAUCGCUUGUGUGCCAUGGCCAAACACAGGGAUCCAUUUUUGCCAACAGAAAACUCUGGAUGAACUAAAAGCUGCAAGUCUCUGCCUCUGCGAGCAGAGGCAGGCAAAGGGUGGGGGUGGAGGGGUUCUGUAAAUAUUUAGCAGAAGUUAAUGAAAUUACAGUGAUGUACAAAAAGAAAAUAAUAACUAAUAAUCCCCACAAACAGCCCUUCAGAUUGGAGGAUAAGAGUUUUUGUCUAUUUUUAUGUAUAUUUUUAUACUGCUUGGGGUAACCUCAUUACCAAAAGUCUCUCUUCUGUGUUGGGGGUCAAGUUCAGUAGCACAAUUUUAAAGCAAAAUUACUCUUUUGGGCAUUUUAAAUGCUUAUUUUUUUAUAAGCUUCAAGACAAUUAUAACAGAACCUGUGUAUAGAAAUGAUGUAAGAAACCAAGUUUAGUGGAAGUUUUAGAAGCUGUCAAAUAAAUCUUUGAAGGAUGAUACAGAAAUCCUCUAAUCUGGUACCAAGCAGUUUUGUGUGAUUUUUUUCCUCAGAAAACCAGCAUUUUGCCUACUGAAAAAUCAAACCAGAAAUCUUUUUAGCUGCUGCACUUUGCAGAGUUGCAUUAGUGGCUGUUUUUACUCUUAGCCAGCUGUACCCCUUCUGAAAUCCAUUGUGUUUUCAUCAGUUAGUGAGUGAAAUUUUAUACAAGAGUAGUUUUGGGGGCAGAAUGGGAAGGACUGGGAUCUGAGCAGCCCUGCUUUUGAUUCAGGCUCCGUUGGAGCAGGGAACUGACAGGGUGAGAGGGAAACUGGGGAGCUGAGGUACCUGGUCUGGAGCAGGGUCAUCACAAUCCCCUCACCUGUCUGGGGUGAAGGAGGGGUUGUAGCUCCACAGGGGUGAGGAAGGAUCACCCUGAGCUUGCAGGAUGGAUUUUUGGCUGGGCUUGGUCAGAGGGAUACCCAGCUGGGUAUCCAAGGCUCCCGUAAUGCUGGAAAGCUUUUGCUUAGACUCAGAAUCAAGCAGGGUCUGGAAUGUUCCCAGGUAAAAGCAGUACUUGAAGCGUUACAAGACACACACCUGUGUUACCUGUGGCUGCAGGGAGGGUUUGGGAACGCCUGGAGGAAGGAUGUGCCCCUGGGCUCCCAGGGGGAUGAGCACUGGAGGUGUUGGAUGUCCAGUCUGACUGUGAUGGCUGGGACCAGAACCUCACGCCAAAACGUCGCCAUGGGAUGUUCUGUGAAUGUGUUUAAAAUGAAGAAGGGAAGAUUAAAUCCUAAUUACUGAUAUGAAGGGAAGAUCAAAUGAUUAUCUGUAGGGACAGACGGACAGACUGCUCAGCCUGAUUUGCCCAGUCUGCGUCUUCCCUGCAGCAAGAAGCGCUGCUUUGUGGAUUUAGGAUGGUUUUGUUUUGCUUGGUUGUUCCCAUCUGGAUGCAUUUUCUUUGUGUUCCCGGGGUGCUGGGACAUUCUCUGGCCCCACAGGCAGCAGGGAACAGAGUCUUUGCCCUUCCCUCCCUGGCAAAUCUCUCCUUGUUGGUACUUUGGACAGGAUUUUAUUGGGCUUUCAAUAUAUAUGCAGAUAUAUAUCAACACAAUCAGCAAAUUACUGAACCUUGCAAGCAGAAUUUGCCUCUUCCCUUCCUGGACUCCAUGGCUGGGAGGGAGAAGCUCGUGCUCAGUGGCCCGAGGGGUACAGGGGUAUCAGUGGGGCACAGAUCUCUGGGCUGGCAGCAGCUCGGGUGCGGUUUGACCUGAGAUAAUUCGGUGCCUGCUCUCUCUUAUCAGGCAAUCCAAACGCAUCUGGCUUGCCAGAGAGAUAAGGGGGUGAAAGGUCCAAGUGCAUGGGACAGGAGAGGUGUAAAAUGGUGGUAAAAAGCACCGUGCAGGGGUUGUGAGGUACAAGGUAACAACAAAAUAAACUCUAGUGUGGGAAGCCCUGGCCCCAGUCCCCUCCCCUCCUGAUAAGGAAAAUGCCUGCUUUGGGUAGAUCAUUCACUUGCUCUGGUAGAAAAAUGGGCACUGAAGGCAUGAAGAGGCAACUCCUGUUCUCAAGGUAAUUUGGAGAGAGGAAAAUUCUUUCCCUUGUGACAUCCCUGACCAGUCUGAAAUUCUUCUGGCCUGAAGCAAAGAAAAUGCAUCUUGAUGUGGGCGCUGGCUCCGUGCGGGCAGGGGAGUCAUAAAGCCAAAGACUGUGUGGCUGCUGGCAGAAACGAGUGCUGUAGAUUCACCUGAUGUUGUUCUUUCGUGUUUACAAUAUUUAUUUUUAGCAAUUGACUGCAAUGAUAUUAUAUAUAGGCUUCCUUAUUUUUGUACUUUUCAUACCGUUUUCCUGAGUGUGGUGUUGUACUGCUCAGCUCCCCUCAGCCACCACUGCUGCUCCUAGUCUGUGACAAUAAACGAGAGAAAAACAACCACCACCCAUUCCUGGG